GAGGACCAGGACCCCUCCUCCGGCACUCUUCAGCCGGAAUUACUGUGGUUACAGCCAGAAAACCUGUCUUUAUUGUUWAUUUUACGGAGUUAUUAUCGAAAGAAACGAGAAAAUGGCGAUACCAACAGUUUUAUCUGAUAUCGGCUGGGACAGGAGCUACGCCAAUCCCGAGCUCAACCCCGAGAACAAGGAUUUACUGGAGGAGUUUGGUAAAGCAGAAAAAGAGCUCCUGGAACUGGACAACAACGUUAAGGAAACUGAAGAGAGAAACGAGCACAUGACUAAAUACUUCACAGGAGCUCAACAGGAGCUGAAACACAUCGAGGCUCUGUUGAGGGCAAAGGAGAGCGAGGUGGAGCUGGAGAAACACCUGGCGGCCCUCGCAGAGAGAGAGUCAGGUCAUCUUGGUCAGCAGACGGUCAACAAUCAGAAAGAGCUCAGGUCUUUAAAGGAAAGGAAAGAGGCGACAGAGAAAAGCAUGUUCAAGACAAACGAGCAGCUUGAGGAUUUUAAGCAACAGAUGAACUCGGACCAGCAGACUUUGGAUGAAAUCUUAGAGGAGUCGACACGCAGAGAGGAGGACAUCAUGGCCAUCACCAAGUACGCUCAGCAAGAUGAACAAAAAAUCAAGUCGCUCACUCUGGACAUCGAGCAGAAAUCACUGGAGGCCAGUAAAAAGCGUAAGGCACUUGAGAAAGAGGUGACAGAGGCGAAGUCUGCACAGGUUGGCUUGGACAGGACGAUAGAGAACUUGCAGCAGGUUCACAAAGAGACACAGAAGCUCAUCCAUCAGUGGGGAAAUUCUGUCAAUCAGAAGAAGAAGCAGGACUCUGAGAUGCAGCAGUGUGCGCAGCUACUUGCUCAGGUUAACCAGAAGAUCAGGGAGAACGAAGCCACCAUCUCAGAGAACAAGCACUUGCUGCACAUUCAGAAGAACAACAACAAGGAUCUCGAGAGAAAAAUUGCUGCAACAAUGAGGCAGUCAGUCAAACUGCUGCAGGACGUGAAGAAGCAGGAGACUAACUUCAUCAGGCUGCAGGAUGAGCUGAGCAAUUACAGAAACRCCCUGAACAGUUGGAACUCUGAUCUGAAGUCUCUGAUGUCCACUAUAGCCAGAAAAAAGAAGGAGCUGAAGAAAAACAAUGAAAAACUGAAGGAAGCCAGGGCCUGCAACGCUGCGCUGGAGGAGAAGCUGAAGGUUGAGUCUCAGACUGUUCUCAGCGAGGAGAAGGAGAGAGCCGCUCAAAUGGAACAGUUCCGAAAAGAAACAGAACAGGGUUUCAAGGAGUUGGAUGUUCUGCAGCAGAACCUCAUGAGGGAACUGUUACAUCGCAGACAGCAGCUCGAGCUCGUCAAGGCCAAGGAAAAAGAUUCCACCGCGCAGAUUUUAAGGAGUAAAUAUACCAUUAGUGGCCUGGAAAAGCAGCUCAACAAACUGAAGAAAGAAUGUUCUAAACAGCAGGAGACCAUGAAGAACCAGGACAUGGAGAUAGUCAAGUUCAGUAACAAACUAGGACGGCUGCAGGGAGACCUUGACCCUGAGGAAAGAAGACUGUUGGAUUUAAAGAUCGCUGAGCUGGAGAACGAACAGGAGGAGAAGAAACAGGUGGAGAUGACACUCACCAACGCACUCAAAGAGUGUGAGGGCAGGAUUCGUCAUUUGAAGAAAGAGAUGGAAAAGUCCGAGGCGCAGCAGAAUGUUCUGAACGAUGGAAUGAAAAACCUGGAGCUUCUGUGUGAGAGCAGUGAGAAAGAGCUGAAGAGAGUCAUUCUGAAGAAACAGUGCUCUAAACUCACCAAAGAAAUCCACUCAGYCAAGAAAACCAAAGCUGAGACUGUUGAGGAGCAGGACAUCAAACUGAAGGAGUUAAAGGAGUUUAACAAAAAUAUCAACAAGAUGCUGAACGAAGGCAUGGAGGACAGUUGUGAGCUCGGAUCAGUGCUGGAGGAGUCUCUCCUGCAGGCCAGUCUUCCACUUCCAUCUCCUGCCUGCGCUGUCAGCAGCCAGCGGAGCUCCAGGAGGAACUUCUCCCAAAGCUCCUCCUCUCGCAGGUCCCCUGCGUCCUCAGCCGGCCCCAGUCCCAAAGGACCCGCACUGUCCUCCCCCCAGCCGAAGAUCCUCAACCUGGACUUUGAUCUGACCGGAAAGCCUCCAGGUCUGUAAGCAGCAGGAAGUCACAGCACUAACAAAAAAACAUGUUGGUUUUGAUGAAGCRCUGAGAAAAGGUUCAGAUGUUAAACACUGUUUUUUAAUUACUGUUAUGUUUUCUUUUACUGUGAAAAUAUGUGACCUAAACCAUCUUAAAUUGUUUUUGUUCCUCAAGACAAAACAAUAAAAUGUUUGUUUUCUAAGACUAUUUA